AAAACCUAAGUAAUUAAGCUCGAGUAACAGGCGCAGCCGGAGGUGAGCAUGUCGAGGGAUCCGCUGAUCGUCGGGGGGAUCGUGGGCGACAUCGUCGACUACUUCGACAUGUCAGCGCGGCUGAGGGUGUUGUACAGCAACCGCGAGAUCACCAAUGGGUCCGAACUGAGGCCGUCGCAGGUGGCGAACCAGCCGACGGUGCAAAUCACUGGACGACCUGGAUCACUCUACACGCUUGUGAUGGUAGACCCUGAUGUACCUACCCCAAGCGACCCCUCCCAAAGGGAGUACCUCCAUUGGUUUGUCACAGACAUACCAGAAGGACGUGAUGUGAGCCGUGGAACUGAGGUGGUGGCAUAUGAGAGGCCGCAGCCCACGGCGGGGAUCCACCGUGUAGCAUUCGUGGCGUUUCGACAGUCGGUGCAGCAGGCGAUAUAUGCACCAGGGUGGCGCUCCAACUUCAUCACGCGGGACUUGGCGGAGUGUUACAACCUCGGCGUUCCGGUUGCUGCCGCCUAUUUCUACUGCCAGAGGGAGGGCACCUGCGGUGGCCGUAGGUACCGGUGAAGAUAAGCUGUAUCUACGUGUAUGUGCCUGAAGAUCGACGCAAGAUCGCUUCAUCCAGAUGCGUU